AGCCGCUCGCUGCGCGCCCGGUCCAGCCGCGGGCUGAGUUCGGAGCCGCGGCGGGCGCGGGAAGCGGGCAGGGACGCGAGCCGAGCGCAGCCUCCCUCGCCAGCCGGGCAGAGCGGGACGAGCGUGCCGGCAGGCGGAGCGGGGCACGGCGCGCCGGGGCCGCCACCGGGGGGGAUGCAGCUGCCUCCCCGGGCCGGCGUGUAGAGAGGGCGGGUCCCCGGCCUCGGGAGCGCGGCGGUGGAGGGGACAGAGGCGGCGGCCAUGGCGACCCCCGGCAACCUGGGGUCCUCCGUCCUGGCGAGCAAGACCAAGACCAAGAAGAAGCACUUCGUAGCGCAGAAAGUGAAGCUCUUUCGGGCCAGCGAUCCGCUGCUCAGCGUCCUGAUGUGGGGGGUAAACCACUCGAUCAAUGAACUGAGCCAUGUUCAAAUCCCUGUUAUGUUGAUGCCAGAUGACUUCAAGGCCUAUUCAAAGAUAAAGGUGGACAAUCACCUUUUUAACAAAGAAAACAUGCCGAGCCACUUCAAGUUUAAGGAAUACUGCCCGAUGGUUUUCCGUAACCUGCGGGAGAGGUUUGGAAUCGAUGAUCAGGAUUUCCAGAAUUCCCUGACCAGGAGUGCACCCCUUCCCAAUGACUCCCAAGCCCGCAGCGGAGCCCGGUUCCACACAUCCUACGACAAGAGGUACAUCAUCAAGACCAUCACGAGUGAAGAUGUGGCCGAAAUGCACAACAUCCUAAAGAAAUACCACCAGUAUAUAGUGGAAUGUCAUGGGAUCACCCUUCUUCCCCAGUUCCUGGGCAUGUACCGGCUUAAUGUUGAUGGAGUUGAAAUAUAUGUGAUUGUUACAAGAAAUGUGUUCAGCCACCGUUUAUCUGUAUAUAGGAAAUAUGACUUAAAGGGCUCUACAGUGGCUAGGGAAGCAAGUGACAAAGAAAAGGCCAAAGAACUGCCAACUUUAAAGGAUAAUGAUUUCAUUAACGAGGGUCAAAAGAUUUAUAUUGAUGACAAUAACAAAAAGGUAUUCCUGGAAAAACUGAAGAAGGAUGUCGAGUUUCUUGCCCAGCUGAAGCUCAUGGACUACAGCCUCCUGGUGGGCAUCCACGAUGUGGAGAGAGCCGAACAGGAAGAAGUGGAGUGUGAAGAGAAUGACGGAGAGGAGGAGGGGGAGAGCGACGGCACCCACCCUGUCGGAACCCCUCCCGACAGUCCUGGAAAUACGCUCAACAGCUCGCCGCCUUUGGCUCCGGGCGAGUUUGAUCCAAACAUUGAUGUUUAUGGAAUUAAAUGCCAUGAAAAUUCGCCUAGGAAAGAGGUGUACUUUAUGGCAAUUAUUGACAUUCUGACUCAUUAUGAUGCAAAAAAGAAAGCUGCCCACGCUGCAAAAACUGUUAAACACGGCGCUGGUGCGGAGAUCUCCACCGUGAACCCAGAACAGUAUUCCAAGCGCUUUUUGGACUUUAUUGGCCACAUCUUGACGUAACGUCCUGCAUGGCCGAAGACGGACGUGAGCGUGGGAAGGACAGAGGUGGCUUCGGCACAGGAAAAAUGAAAACCAAACUCAGUGAAGCACACCUCCUCGUUUACAUCUUCAGGCCAAGAUGACUGAUUUGGGGACUACUUGCUUUAACAGCUACCUGAUAUUUCCCAGCAUCACUCUAGCUAUUUCUGACUU